AUGAUACGGCAGAGCAGCAGGUGUCAUUACACUUCAGUUGCUCCUGAUAACCUGGUCCGGACACAUAGAUUGUCGGCCGCUGCGCCCAAGCAUGCAAGGUUCAGUACCUUUGCCUCGAGUCGCCUGGCUUCUCUGCCCGACUCCAUUAUAGCGGCUAGCUCCGCAUGCGAGCGACAAGCUCCGCAUGCGAGGUUCGAUACCCUCGCCUCGAGUCGCCUGGCUUCUCAGCCCGACUCCAUUAUAGCGGCAAGCUCCGCAUGUGAGGUUCAGUACCCUCGCCUCGAGUCGCCUGGCUUCUCAGCCCGACUCCAUUAUAGCGGCAAGCUCCGCAUGCGAGGUUCAGUACCUUUGCCUCGAGUCGCCUGGCUUCUUAGCCCGACUCCAUUAUAG